CUUAUGUUUUGUACACUAGCUCGUACAUGAUAAUCACAAUCUAGGUAAGAGAAGGUCUUUCUCUGUCAAUUGAAGAAACGAAGUUAAAAAUCUAAUCUUUGCGUCACCGUCUGAGUUUCUACUCUCUUCUCUCUAGGCUUCUUCUUCUUCUUCUUCUUCUACAAGCUUCCGCUAAACAUGAGUCGUCAUCCCGAAGUGAAGUGGGCCGAGACCACUGACAAGAUUUUCCUCACAGUAGUAUUAGCAGAUUCGAAGGAGACCAAAGUUAAUCUAGACCCAGAAGGAGUUUUCGAUUUCUCUGCAAAAGCUGGUCCUGAAAAUCAUGUUUACGAACUUAAACUCGAGCUUCACGAUAAAGUCAACGUUGAGGAAAGCAAAAUCAACAUUGGAGAAAGAAGCAUCUUCUGCAUAAUAGAGAAAGCAGAGCCGGAAAGGUGGGACAAGCUAAUCCGUGGAGGGAAAGCGCCGCACUAUGUCAAGGUGGAUUGGGAUAAGUGGGUAGAUGAGGACGAUGAAGGCAACGCUGGUGCCGGAGAUAUGGAUAUGGGAGGAAUGGGUGGAAUGGAUUUCUCGAGCUUGGGUGGAAUGGGUGGAAUGGGUGGAAUGGGUGGAAUGGCUGGGCUUGAAGGACUUGGCGGUAUGGGUGGACUUGAAGGACUUGGCGGCAUGGGUGGUAUGGGAGGCAUGGGUGGCAUGGAAGAGUUUGAAGACAGUGAUGAUGAAGAAGAAACCGCACAAUCUGGAGACAAGAAAGAUGGAGCUGUUAAGGAAGCAGAAGAACAAACAACGUCUGGCAAGGAAGACAAGUGAAGACCACUGUUUCAGAGAGGAAACCAUAUGUGGUACUAUUAGCUUUCAGGGUUUAUGAAACUCUUUUUGUUUACUUUUCUCUUAAAAUGUUGUCACUCUGUUUUGCUUUUAUGGAUUUGUUUUUCAUUGUUGUGGUUUAUAUGGGUUCCAAGUGAUCUUAGACUUGCAGUUUUUGGCAGUGUGACAAAUUCUCUUGGCAGUGUGACAGAUUCUGAGGAAGCCCUUUCUACUUUA